AUGAAGUUUGUCGUGAUUCUGGUGUGCGUUGUGCUUCUCGCCACCACCGCCAAUUGUCAGAUGACAUUCACCGAUCAGUGGUCGAAGAAGCGCGCGAUGCUAAGAAACAAGGGCGCCGACGAGAUCGACUCGUCGUGGUGCGGCGAAGACAAACAAAAGCUCAUAUUCGAGGAGAUCGUGCGCCUUCAGAAAGCGCAAACCCUUCUUAUCGACCGCCUUAAUGAGUGCAGUGCAAAGAAGCCGUUCUAG